AUGGAUCCAAGAACACAUGUCCCUUCUGCUUCGUCUUCGUCUGGGUCUGAGCUUCCAUUUGUCUACAAAUUCGAAGACAUUCAGUUUUCUUCGAAGAUCAAUAUGAAGUGUUAUCCCUAUGAGACAUUGAAGACGCUUAAAGAAGUACUAAUAAAUGAGGAAUGGACGUACUUCGAGAAAGAAUCACAGUUCAAACAUCUAUUCUAUGUGCAGUGGGACCCACAGUUAAAGAUGGCGCCUGCGGGAGUUCUCAUUAACCGCUCCGUUAAAGUGGAAGAUGAGAAGGAGCUGUGGUUCGUGCUCAAUGGUGUGUCCGUGCGAUAUUCGAUCAUUGAACACAUACUUAUAUUUGGUCUGAAGUGCGGGGAAUAUCCAGAAGAAUGGGAGAGUUUCAAGAAGAGUGAAUUCAGGAAAAAAGACUUUCGGACUUAA